UACUGAAAAUGGGAGAUAUUGAGAAGGGCAAGAAGAUCUUUGUCCAGAAAUGUUCCCAGUGCCAUACGGUUGAAAAGGGAGGCAAACACAAGACUGGACCUAACCUGAAUGGCCUAUUUGGACGCAAGACUGGACAAGCUGCGGGCUUCUCUUACACGGAUGCUAAUAAGAAUAAAGGUAUCACCUGGGGUGAGGAUACUCUGAUGGAGUAUUUGGAAAAUCCAAAGAAGUAUAUUCCAGGAACAAAAAUGAUUUUUGCUGGUAUUAAGAAGAAGUCUGAGAGAGCAGACUUAAUAGCAUACCUCAAAGAUGCCACUUCAAAGUAAAAGUUAUCUGCUGCCUUAUUUAUUUCACAAAGGAGAUGGCAAUGGAAGUGUCUGUGAUGAGAUUGGUUUUUAAAUUUUCUAUUUUUACAUGUACUGUGUCUAACCUUAAAAUCUGUCUCACCUGUCAAAUAACAUUGCUCACGGUGGGUCACUGGAGUACACACUUGUUUGGCAGCCAUUAACUUAAUGGAAACUAUGUAAUUGGGUUGAUUUAAAUUACUAUAAUGUUUAGUCAUUCUUGAUCAUAGAAUUAAAAAAUAAGUAAAUAAACAUUUCCUGCCUCUUCAUUGUUUAAAAAAAACAAAAACUAAACAAAACCUGUAAAUAAUCAAAUGAGUAAUUGUCAUCAGCAUCAUAGCUUUGAAAGCCCAGUUCUUCCAGAUUAAAAAGCAGGGUGGUUCUUGGCAUCUUCCACCAUACAUCCUCUGUUACGUUAUUUCAAAGAUUUAAAAAACCCCAAAACAACAAAGGCUAAAAAAACUCAAUAUUUUUCUAAACUAAAUCAGUGCUAGGUGUUGUGGUAUAUAUUAAUCUGUCUAAAGCGUGCAGUAAGGAUGCAUUUCAUCUGACUUGAGUACUAAUUGUGAAAUGGCAGUUGUGCCCAGCCACUUUUUUUUUUUUUAUCUAGGGGAAGCAUGUUACCCAGUUCAUCCAGACUUUAACAGCUGCAUGCACCGGUAGAGUAUAACUCCCCUUGAGAAACAUCUUCAGUUUUCUAAGUGUUGCUGAAACCCUUUGUUCAGUAAAUCUUCCAAAACCAUACAUUCUUGGUAUAAUGAACAGAACAG